CCCCCUUGACUUUCGCCCGUUGUCUUGAAGAACCUGAUCAACACUCCAAUUCACGUAGAAGUCGGAGUCGAUUUCUUGUACUUACUUUUGUGUUUGUACUAAAUUUCUUCUCUUGGGACCCUCAAAAGUGGGUCCAACAAACAAGGGAACAUGGGACGAAGACAACAAAAAUUGGAAGAGGAGAGGAGCUACAAUUUGGUUGUUCGACAACGCAGAGAAACGGGGAAUUUCUUCAAAAGUUUUCUAAAAUUCACCUUCUCCCAUGUGGGCCUGGUUUUAUUGUGUGUGGUUAUCGCAGUGGGAGGAGCGGAGAUCUUCAUCAACAUCGAAAUUGGCAAGGAAGAGGAGCGCUAUGAGGACAAACGUGAACGGGCGAAAGAAGUGAACAAUGCCCAAGAAUACCUUUCCAGUGCCUUCUGGUGGUAUGCACAGGAGGACGAAGGCUAUAACUUCACACAAGAACAAUUCACGGACCGAGUUGAGUCGGAUUUGCACGAAUUCAUCGAAUUUGUUGUCAAUGCAACCAAUGAAGUCAAUUAUGACGGACAAGUUGAAGGAUGGCAGUAUGAUUGGGAUUUUCCGAAUGCUCUCCUCUUCACUAUUUCCAUCAUGACUUUGAUUGGUUAUGGACAAAUAUCCCCGGUGACGAUCGUAGGCAAACUGUUCACCAUAGGAUAUUCCUUGAUCGCCAUCGCCACCAUGUUGGUCAUGUUGGCCAAUGUGGGCUCGGCUUUGGCGGAUGGGUUGAUCUAUACAUACAGCCGAUGUUGUUGCCGUUGGUUUCGGAGUCAACGUAUCAAUUCAGAGAUUCCCUCGCGGACUUUGCGCAAAAAGCUGCGGCGACGACUCAUCGAUGAAGUUGUUGGGGACGAAAUGUACAUGCCAACCAAUACCAUCGCAAUUCCAAUCAUUGUGAACGUUGUCAUCAUAUUCUUCUACAUCUUCUUGGGAGCGAUGUUGUUCAGUAUGUGGGAAGGGUGGGAUCUACUGUCUUCAGCUUACUUCGCCUUCAUCACACUGACAACGGUUGGAUUUGGAGACCUCUCGCCAGACAAGAGCUUCAGAGGUACCGGAGCAGUGGGAACUAUCAUCAUGAUUUGCAGUGUCGUCUAUUGUUCAAUUGGUCUGGCUGUACUAUCCCUGUGCAUUUCGUUGAUCCAAGAGCAAAUCUCGAAAAAAGCUGCCCGAGCUCUUCACGGCAAAGUGGAAGUGGUGGAAAUGGAUAGGAUUGAAAUAAUUCCCAAGAGAAUGAAUAUUCAAGGCGACGAAGACGCCAUUCCGACCGAUGAUAAAGCGGGUCUAGUUGAUGCUGAAGUUCCAAUGGAUGAGAUUGAUAACGAGGAUGACGCUUCAGCUCCAAUAGAUCUGGAAAAUGAGAAUAAUUCAAGACCUGCCUCGGGAAAACUGCCCGGAGAACCUGACGAUCUUUUUGAUGACAUGCCGGGCCAAGACGACGAUUUGACCCCAAUUGAUCACUAAUGUAACAUCAUUUUCUUCUUUGUAGAUUGUAUCAAUAAGACGACAAAUCUUCUGGCCAAUAAACACUUAUAUUUGGUAACAAUCAUUCGAA